GGAGCUAUAUGCGCUUAUUUAACCCUACAGUCCUACAGCCUUGAAUAUUGUACAAUUUCACGCAAAUCAUGGAAGAUAUCAGGCAGGUAUCGUGGGCUGCAUCUACGUAGAUUGUGUAAAAGACUGAGUCACGUUUGCAUUACAAGAGCUACAUUCGCGAGAGGGGUGCGAUGCCGGCGCGAUUCAAUAUUGUACCGGCGCGGCGCGGCGACGGACGCGCGGACAGUGAUGGUGCGUUGGUGCGUUGGUGCGUUGGUGCGUGUGUGCCGGUCGCGGCGGCCAGCACGGCGCGGAGGCCGGUCCCUGCUUCACGCAUCGGAGCGCGUGCCUCGCUCGGCUCGAUGAGGUAAAGGGGAUUUCUGCAACGCUCUGGUCCGCCAGUACGAAUCGGGAUUUCGCGUGACUCGGACGUGGAACGGCGGACGGUCUUCCCCACGGUUCGCUCGGUGAGUGACACGAGCAGCACGUGCUCGCGACGUUUGGCCUGCACGCGCCACCCACAGAGCCGAUCGAUUCACACGCACGUAUACAUCGAUACACGCGCACAUACCCGUGUUCGGCACACGUGUUCGGUCAGUGCCGACCCUGCCCUGCCGGUGAUUGGUGCCGGUUGAAGAGAAAGAGAGACUGCGAGAGCUACCGGCGAAGGGCUAGCUGUCAAUCAGUGUCCCGUGUCCCGUUCUCACAACAGCACGAUGAUCGAGCUCUGGAGAAGUCCCCUGGCUGAAUAGACCGCGGAGAGGCCAACGUGCACGAGCGAAAGACAAAUAUACUCGGAUUGCGAGGUUAUGGGAAGCCGAGGAUCUGACGUUCGGGAGGAUCCCUCGUUUACGGGACUGCGAGUUUAGCGAAAAGGGAACGAAAGUCGAGGAAAGAAACGAGAAAUAUGCAAAGAGCAGAAUCGCUUCGAGGAAGGAUAUAACCUUCGAAUGUAGAAGCGAAAUCUGAAGAGCAUGGCGAAAGCCCGUAAAAUCUGCUUCGCGAAAUAGAGAGAACUCGUUCUUCAAAGGUGAAGUUCGAAGAAUCGAGCGAAAGGCCGCAGAGUCGUUCCCGCGUAGAACAUACAGGAUCGUUGAUUGUAGAGACAAAAAUUCAAGGUGACCGCUUUGGAUGUUAUCGGGUGACCGCCUUGGCGAAUCGAUAAAUUCCCGAAGAGGAAACCGGAGAGAAAUUAGAUUGCCGUUUGAUCGACCAUUGUAUACGCAGCCACUCGAUCCACGAGCCACCGAAUCGCGGUGCGGUAUUUAUAACAUAAAUCGCUGUGCGACCAGAAGGAAAGGUACAAGUACAAGAAGAGAAAGAGUGGCAGAGACAUGGCGCUCGAAAACGGGAUAAACGGCGGCGACACCGACUCGGAGUCGGUGGAACUGAAUCCUCUGAGGCGAACCAGAUUCCACGUGAAUCGGGUCGACAGUCUCGAAGGUCGGGCCAGUCUCCUGGGCGAGCAGGAGACCAAGAAGUCCUCCCUCAGAUACAUGACCAGGGAAGCCCUGCCCAGGCUAGACAAUUACAGGAACAUCAUGAGCAUCCAGGCGGCCCACAGACCCUCCUUGGACGAGUUACACAAUCCCACUCUCCUGAACAAGAGGUCGGGCUCGCAUACGUUAACUGUUCCACAACUGAAAGCCACGGCGCCAGGAGUGAAGUUCGGAUGGAUCCAAGGAGUGCUGAUGCGAUGUCUUCUCAACAUCUGGGGGGUGAUGCUCUUCCUGCGACUCUCCUGGGUCGUAGCGCAGACCGGAGUAGGCCAAGCUAUUUUGUUGAUUCUUACGACAACAGUAGUCACGACGAUUACGUCUUUGUCGAUGUCGGCGAUCAGUACGAAUGGUCUAAUCAAAGGAGGUGGGACUUAUUACAUGAUUUCCAGAUCAUUGGGACCUGAGUUUGGCGGAUCUAUAGGUCUUAUAUUUUCUCUGGCGAACGCUGUCGCUUGUUCUAUGUACGUAGUCGGAUUUUGCGAGAGUUUAGUGGAUUGUCUCCGCCCUUUUAAUGCCUGCAUGGUCGAUUGCGGAAUCAUGGAUAUCAGGAUUAUAGGUUGCAUAACGAUAGUUGUGCUACUGAUAAUUGUUAUAAUUGGUCUGGAAUGGGAGGCGAAAGCGCAAAUAUUUUUGCUGAUAAUUCUUCUCUUGGCUAUUGUCGAUUUCAUGAUUGGCUCCUUCGUGGGCCCCAAGAGCGACAAAGAGAGGGCUCAAGGAUUCAUUGGAUACAACGCUGCGCUAAUCAAGGAAAAUUUAUAUCCGAACUAUAGAUACAGCGAAGGCGUGCAUCAUAAUUUCUUUUCAGUUUUGGCCAUUUUCUUCCCAGCGGCAACGGGCAUCCUGGCUGGUGCGAAUAUAUCCGGUGACUUGAAGGAUCCGCAAACGGCAAUCCCGAAAGGCACUUUACUCGCAAUUCUCUUGACAUCAUUGUCAUAUCUACUCAUGGCAAUUAUGAUCGGUGGUUCCGUUAUGCGAGAUGCGACUGGCAACGUUACUGAUUUAUGGACGACAUACAACAAUUCACUUUCGGCCCUGUCAUUUCUCGACAUAGACAAUGCCACUAUGAUCGAAAAUAAUACAAUUAUCGAGAAUAUCAAUCGCACAUGGAGUGUAUACGGAACGGAUUUUAACUGUACUGCAGGGUGCAAAUAUGGCAGUCAUAACAGUUUUGAGGUGAUCCAAUUAGUUUCCGGCUUUGGACCCAUCAUCUACGCCGGUUGCUUUGCAGCAACAAUUUCAAGUGCCUUGGCAUCACUGGUCUCAGCGCCGAAAGUAUUUCAAGCACUCUGCCUCGAUAAGCUGUAUCCAGGAAUUGCGUGGUUUAGCGGAGAAAAAGAUAAGGAGCCGAUUCGUGGUUAUUUACUUACUUUCAUCAUCGCCGUUGCUUUUAUUUUGAUAGGUGAAUUAAACGCUAUCGCACCGUUGAUUUCGAACUUCUUUUUGGCUGCUUACACUCUUAUAAAUUUCAGUACGUUCCACGCUUCCUUAGCUAAGCCGAUCGGAUGGCGACCAACUUUCAAGUAUUACAACAUGUGGCUCAGUCUCGCUGGUGCUAUCCUUUGUGUUUCUGUGAUGUUCUUGAUCUCAUGGUGGACGGCUCUAAUAACAUUAUGCGUAGUCUUAGCGCUAUAUUUAGUAGUCUCGUAUAGAAAACCUGAUGUAAAUUGGGGUUCAACUACACAAGCCCAGACCUAUAAUAAUGCAUUAACUGCUGUACAACAAUUGGAUCGUGUUGAGGAGCACGUGAAAAAUUAUAGACCACAGCUUUUAGUUCUCACUGGCGCACCGAACACGAGAUCGUCUCUCGUCGAUUUCGCUCAUCAUAUUACUAAACAUCAGAGUUUAUUUAUUUGUGGUCAUAUCAUUGAGACACCCAUAUCGUACAAAACACGCAACAGCAUGGUGCAAAAUUAUUCUUCCUGGCUCAGAGCCAGUAAGAUUAAGGCAUUUUACUCGCUGGUGGACAGCUCGAAUUUCCAAGAAGGUGCUACUUCUCUUCUUCAAGCUGCCGGACUUGGGAAAAUGAGACCUAAUAUCUUGCUAAUGGGUUACAAGCAAGAUUGGACUACCUGUUCUCGGGAGAAUUUGAAUAUGUACUUCAACAUCAUGCACAAAGCUCUGGAUAUGCAUGUAGCAGUGGCGCUUCUUCGACUUCAGGAAGGUUUGGAUUGCAGUGCGACCAUCGGAGAUGCCGAAGAUCAAAAGAGACUCGCGCCUACUUCAAUACCGGGCAAUCAGAGUUUUUCGCAGCUUAGCCAAGCUAGUAGCACGUCUGAUAUAUCGAUCCCUGGUAGUCCCACGCCAAGACGUUCAAAAACGAUUAACGAAUAUCCCAAUCCAUCCGAGGAGCAGCGCGAGAAUAGACCAAAUAUAGUACCAAUCACGAAUAUACUUAACGUAGUAACAAAGUUUCAACGGAAACAUAAGAAAGGUACUAUCGAUGUAUGGUGGCUGUACGAUGAUGGUGGCCUUACGCUUUUAUUACCCUAUAUUAUCAGCACGAGGCGUAAUUGGUCUAACUGCAAAUUGAGAGUAUUCGCUCUUGCCAAUAAGAACUCUGAACUGGAGUAUGAGCAGAGAAGUAUGGCGAGUCUCCUGUCGAAAUUCCGGAUUGAUUAUUCUGCCCUGAAAGUCAUACCGGAUAUUUCGAAACCAGCGCAAACCGGUACAAAGACAUUCUUUGACUCAUUAAUAGCAGAUUUCCAGGAAUCAGCUGAUUCGAAAGAUUCCGAUGACGAUAUUAUUAAAGAUUCGGAACUUAUGGCGAUGAAAGAGAAAACCAAUAGACAUCUCCGUUUACGCGAAUUAUUACUUGAAAAUUCCAUGGAAGCCAAUUUAGUCGUUAUGACACUACCAAUGCCUCGGAAAGGUGCUGUAUCUGCGCCUCUUUACAUGGCGUGGUUGGAAACGCUAACACGCGAUAUGCCACCAUUUUUACUGGUCCGGGGUAAUCAUACGUCGGUUUUAACAUUUUAUUCAUAAUAUUGAUGUGAAACUGACGAGACGUUUUAUAUGCAAAAAUAUAAGACGUCACAGUGUGACGUGACAAUAGCGAUAUCGCAGUAUUACAAGCAAAAAGAAAGACUUAAUCAUCUGUGCAGAAAUAAAUUGAUUCGACCAUGGUAGAAUGAAACAAAUAGAACAGAAAUGAUACACAUAUAAUAGUGACAAGUUAAGGAUAAGUGUACGCCUUUAUCAUCAUGUGUGGGAAGAAUGUGUGAAUGAACCACUGUCGAAGUAUGUGCCUAUAAUAAGUAAUCUCUUGAAAACGUUCAGUCAUGUAAUGAGACUGUAUUAUUUUUUUAAAUGACUGGAAUAUUUCUCGAUUCCGAAAAAUCUCUUUGCGAGUCUCUCUUUGUGAGUGUAAAAGAUCACUUAUAUUUUAUAAGCACCUAAAGUAACAAUCGUAAUUUAUAGCAUCAUUUUAUCGUUUAUCAUGCAAUAUUUUUGUGCCUUAUCUUAAAAUAACACCGUGUUUUAUAGAAAUUUUUAAACAAAUUUUCUGAAAAAUUGGUAUUGGUGACUUAGAAAAUUGUAUCUUGUACAUUUAAAAAGACUAAUUAUUUUUUGUAAAAACUUUUAUAUUUCUAUAUAUAUAUAUAUAUAUAUAUAUAUGAACUUAUAAGUUUUUGACAAUAUCUUUGAAUAUAGAACACAAUUGUAAUAAAAUCUGUAAAUACUGCACAACUAAUUGCAUUAAAAGAUCUACUUAUUUUUAUA